CCGUUCCGUGUCCGAGGCUGUGUCCUGACCCUGGUGGAGCGCAUGGACGAGGAGUUCACCAAGAUCAUGCAGAACACCGACCCGCACUCCCAGGGUGGCGUGGAGCACCUGAAGGGCCGAGGGGCCGCGUCGGCACAUCAUCGUCGGCUGCAGCGCUACCUGCAGGGCAAGGGCAGCCCCGAGGAGCUGUGCCGCGUCUACCUGCGCCGCAUCCUGCACACCUACUACAAGUUCGACUACGGCGCCGCCGGCGCGCCGCCGCGGGGGGACGGGACGGAGCGGGCCAGCGCCCCCUGGACGCGGCGGACAGAGGGGCGUGAAGCAGCAGGAGGAGGAGGAGGAGGACGGGCGGGCGAAGGAGGGCGGACAGACGCGGGCGCGGCGCGUGGAGGAGCGGCUGGAGGAGGAGGAGGAAGAGGAGAGAGGAUUCGGAGGCUGAUGGAGAGGCUGUGCAGGUUCGUGUACGCCAAGGACCGCACGGACCGGAUCCGCACCUGCGCCAUCCUGUGCCACAUCUACCACCACGCCCUGCACAGCCGCUGGUACCGCGCCCGCGACCUCAUGCUCAUGUCGCACCUGCAGGACAACAUCCAGCACGCCGACCCACCUGUGCAGAUCCUCUACAACCGCACCAUGGUCCAGCUGGGCAUCUGCGCCUUCCGCCAGGGCCUCAUCAAGGACGCGCACAACGCCCUGCUGGACAUCCAGAGCUCGGCCGCCAAGGAGCUCCUGGGCCAAGUGCUCCUGCGCAGCCUCCAGGGCGCAACGCCGAGCAGGAGAAGGUGGAGAAGGCGCCAGGUGCCCUUCCACAUGCACGUCAACCUGGAGCUGCUCGAGUGCGUCUACCUGGUGGCGGCCAUGCUGCUGGAGAUCCCCUACAUGGCGGCGCACGAGUUCGACGCCCGCCGGAGGAUGAUCAGCAAGCAGUUCCACCACCAGCUGCGCGUGGUCGAGAGGCAGCCGCUGCUGGGUCCCCCCGAGUCCAUGCGCGAGCACGUGGUGGCCGCCUCCAAGGCCAUGAAGACGGGCGACUGGCGCCGCUGCCACCGCUUCGUGGUCAACGAGAAGAUGAACAGCAAAGUGUGGGACCUGUUCCCCGAGGCCGACCAGGUGCGCGCCAUGCUCGUCAGGUUCAAAGUGUGGGACCUGUUCCCCGAGGCCGACCAGGUGCGCGCCAUGCUCGUCAGGUUCAAAGUGUGGGACCUGUUCCCCGAGGCCGACCAGGUGCGCGCCAUGCUCGUCAGGUUCAAAGUGUGGGACCUGUUCCCUGAGGCCGGCCAGGUGCGCGCCAUGCUCGUCAGGUUCAAAGUGUGGGACCUGUUCCCCGAGGCCGACCAGGUGCGCGCCAUGCUCGUCAGGUUCAAAGUGCGGGACCCGUUCCCCGAGGCCGACCAGGUGCGCGCCGUGCUCGUCAGCAUGGAGACGCUGGCGGCCAUGUUUGAGCUGGACCUGCCCACGGUGCACGGCAUCAUCAGCAAAAUGAUCAUCAACGAGGAGCUGAUGGCCUCGCUGGACCAGCCCACGGCCACGGUGAUGAUGCACCGGACGGAGCCGACGGCCACGCAGAACCUGGCGCUGCAAUUGGCCGAGAAGUUGGGGAACCUGGUGGAGAACAACGAGCGCGUGCUGGACCAGAGGCAGGGAGCCUACGGGGGGUACUUCAGAGACCAGAAAGAUGGCGGAUACCGCAAGGGCGACGGGUACCUGCGGCGCGGCGGCUUCCGGCAGGAGCGCAGCAACUACUGAGCCACACCUGGCGCACAGAGACACACCUGGCCCACAGCGGGACCCUCACCUGCCCCAUGGAUCCCUCACCUGGGCAAAGAGUCACCACCUGCCCCACAGAGGCCUUAUCUGCCCCAUAAACCCCUCAUCUGCCCCAUGGAUCACUCACCUGUUCCAUCAAGGGUCCCACUGUUGGAAAUUAAUAAAUGAAUUGUUAAAGA